AUGUCGUGGUAAGUUUUUCUCGGUAUUAUUUGGGGAUAAAUUUACUGUAAGGGUUGUUAUAUUAUAAUUGAAGCUUUUGCGGAGCCAAGUAGGGUUUUUUUAGAUUUGUAAAAGGAGGGGGAGGGUAGACCUGAAAGGGGACCUAUUAGGCUCGGCGUGUUUUCUUUAUAGAUCUAAGGGGAAGAGAAUUUAGGGCAGGACUAAUAAACGGACUAGAGGGACACGAGGGGCAGGAAUGAGGGUUUUUUUGUUUGAUCAAGAAAACUUUAAAAUUUUUUUGAUAAAGAUUUAUUUUUUUAUAAGUAUCUUCCCCUUCUUUGCUUUUUGUACCCAAUACUACCCAUCCUUCUCUCUUUUGUACCAUAGCCUCCGGCGUACGCGACCCAUUGAUCUAAAAAACUAAAAUAGAUCAACUACUCUUUGAUUUGCUACGCAAAAUAUAAGUCAGAAAAUUCAUUUUUGAUGAUAUUUUUUUCUUUCAAAAAUCGUUUUUUAGUUAUGUUAUCAAAAAGUUUACAUUUUUGUUUUUUUAAACAAAAAUUAAUGUAUCACAUGUUCAUCUUUUGUGCUAUUAAUUAUAAUAGCACUCUUGCACAUGUCUUCGGUAAUUAAAAUAAAACAAAAAUGAUUUCAGGAUAUUACGUGGUAGAUGUUUUUUUAGUUUUAGCUAAAUAUUGGAUAUUUAAUCUAAAAAAAUUAAAAAAUUCAAAAAUUAACCUAAAAUUUAAAAUUUUUGAAAAAUACAAUUUGAAAGACAGAAAAAAAAUUUUAAAUUUCAAAAUUUUUUUAAAAAUUAUCAAAAUUUUUUUAGCAGCCAACUGAUACUGUGUAUAAACUUUCUGUACAGCACGUUAUACAAAUAUGGAAGUGAUGAGCUAUGUCUAUCAAGUUUAUGGUCGUUUGCUUGGACUGGUACACUGUUAAUAUCAGUAAAUGUUAGUGUAAUGGUACACAUGACUGGUGUGUUUCAUGUGGUAGCUUUAUCAAUCAUACGAUACAUGUCAUUAAGGGAUCUUCGACAAACCACGUCUAGUAUACAGUGGUUUACUAUGAAGGUAAGAGAGGGUGGAUUGUUGAAUUUUGUAUAAAAUAGAAAAGAAGGAAGGGAUGAUAAGGAUAGACUUUUAAUAGGUUUUUACCGAAUUAUCCUGUUCGACUUUUUUCAAAUUUGUUUUAGUCUAGCCCGAACCCUCAGCCGAGCCCGUGUGAGACCGGACAGAGCUGGGGCUGACAUACGCUGUUGCUAGGGCUUGGACUAAGCCGGGCUAGGCUGAGUUGCAGCGUGAACCACUAGGGUUAAGCCGGGCUUAAAUUUUCUCCAAAAACCCCAAAAUUCCAGAAUUUUUUCAAAUUUUUCAAUACCCAAAAAGCCCAUUCAAAUAUACCAUCAAACCCAUUAUAAAUUUAACCUUUUUUAGGUUCAUCUAUAAAUAUUAUAAUAUAACAGCAUGUUUUUCGAAAAACUUAUUUUCUAUUCAAAUGGCCUCAUAAGAACAUUUCCUUCUCGGAAACUAAAUAGUACACAUGGAAGACGAAUGUCUUUUUGCAUCGUUCAUUUGUUGUAACUUAGUGAUUUAUUUUUACAGUUAAAAAUGAAAUAUUAUUUCGUUUUGGUUAAAAAUUUUAAAAGUUUUUAAAUUUUUUGGAAAAAAAAUUUAAAUUAUGAAAAAAAGACGUUUUUUGCAAGGAUCAUCUUUAACUUAAAACGCUAAAAUCACUAUAAAUGUUUAAUAUUACGUUAUUAUUUUGCCAAAAAUAAUAACUAAAAAAAUACGUUCCAAAAAGGGGCUACUAGGCUCAGCUUAAGCGACGGCAUUAGAAACUUAGCUCAGGUCAGGUCCCGCAACGAAAGUUUCCAAUGGUCUAAAUAAUUCUUCAAUUAAUGCCUGCCCAGUAUCUUUACAGUCAAAUAAAAACGUUUUUUGGUUAUAUUUAAAUUUAAAAAAAAAAUAUUUUCAAUUUUUGCCCUGAUUUGGGCAUUGUUUUGCAAGUACUUCUUAUCAUAUUUAAAUAAGGCAGAUACUAUUAUAAGAUAGAAAACGUAUUACAAAGCAAAAAAUAAUAAGAAGUUUAAAAAAUAAAAAAAAAAUGCUUGGCAGGAAGCUUUAAAAUUUUUUUUAUAUUUUGGGUGAAGAUACGAACUUUUAACCAAUAUGAAUAAGAGGCCGUAUUUUACAAAAUAUAAAAACCAAAAAAACUAAAAAAAUGAAAAAUUGUUUUCAGAAAUGCAUAAAAACCUUGAUUAUCAUCUACAUUUCCGUCCUUGUGAUUUGCGGUCCAAUCUACUUUCACUCACAUAUCGCCGAAGCCAACGAGCCAGACGAGGCUUGUCUAGAGAAAUAUCCUUACUUUGCUAACCGAACCGUCCAUUACCUCGAGUUUUCCUCUAAUGAACAACUACAACAACUUAAUUUUUGGUUAUUUGGGUUUGUGUGCAAAUUGGUGCCAUGUUCAAUAUUGAGCGUUAUGACCAUUUUACUGAUAAGGGAGUUGAAGCAACUUCAAGUAGCAUCGUCAAGGUUUCAGAACGUUGAGAGGGACAAACAGUACAGCAGGACUACAAAUAUGAUUAUUGUAAGUUUAAUGGGAAGGGGAUGGCAAAACUUUCUCUACUUUAUCCGCGCUUGCCUUACCUUGCUAAAAUUAUGACAUUUGUUCUAAAAACCCUCUCUCUACCCCGCAAUUCCCCUACCCCAUUGUCUGUCUCAUCAAAUAUUAAAAGAAUUGCCACUUUCAGGUUAUAAUGGUAGUGUUUAUCGUAGUCGAGUUCCCUCAAGGCGUGUUGACCGUAGCCCAAAGCAUAGCUCAAAUACCUUAUCAAGACACCUUAGGCGAUCUGUUCGAGUCGUUAACUUUGCUAACGUCAUGUAUCAUAUUUGGACUGUUUUUUGCUAUGAACUCAAGGUUAAGAGACGACUUUAUGCAGACCAUGCUCAAGAUUUACAGAAAAUGCGGCAUUAUGAGGUUGGUUUUGGUGUUGUUUUGUUGUUGUAGGUACGGUAAUGUUUAUGUACAGUAAAAAACUAACACUAAAUUUGAUAAAUUUUGUAUUUUGUGAUAAGAAAUUUAAAAAAAUUGAAGUUUUAAUUAUAAAACUCUUAAAAUAAAAAAGAGUUGUACGGUUGCCACUUUUUGCACCACACGGCUACUUUAUGUUGUAAAAUUGUUAACAAAGCUUCUGCUAACAUUACAGUAAGCCACUGACUUUCAAAAACCAAAAAAAAAAUAUUUUUUUGUGAAGUAGUCCUAGUUUAAAAUUUUAUUUUUAUAUAAUUUCAAUUUUCAAUGAAAGUACCAAAUCUGGCUUUCUCAGAAUCAGCUCAAAAUUUUUAUUUAAAUUUAUUGUAACACCAAUAGCACUGAUAAAAUGUGUAGCUCGCGCUUUUGAGUUUUGAAUGAGAAAUAUUUGAGUUUCCCGUCGAUUUGGCAAAUUUGGCAUUGUGUUUCAACCACUUUUUUUGGACAUUCUAGAGAAGCCAUUCUUACAAAUUUCAAAAUUCAGGUUUAUUUAAUGGUUUAUUAUUACUAUAUCAAAGAAAAGUGAUUAAAAGUCAAAAAAUGGCAAAGUUGUAAGAUUGAAACAUAAUGCCAAUUUGGCGGGAAAUUCAAAACGUAAUUUUUUUGAUUUUGAUUUUUUCGAGAUUGGCUUGAAAGCUCGAUUCAGUACUUUUUUAAAUGUAUUAUAUUGACAUGAUCUUUCUAUAUAAAAAGUUUGAAGUCAAUCAAAGCGGAGCAGGUCGGGCAGUUUCUUUGUUAUCAUAGUAAAAAUAUUUUUAAAUUAGCGGCUUUUAUAGUAUUUUUUGAAACAAAAUUUAUUUUUUUUGAAAUUAUUUUUAAAAUUUAAUUUUAAAAUUAUUUUUAAAAUUUAAUUUAAAAAAAUUUUUUUUAAAUUUUUCAAAAAUUGUAAAAAAAUUUAAACCACUUGUCAGUGCCUACUGUAAAACAAGCCUAUAGUUUUAGUACGGUUAGUUUUGUGAAGAGUCAUUUUGUGCACAAAUCCGUGUCAACUCCAGAAAGCCGCUCCCUUAUGCAUAAUGGCAUCAACCGCAUCUACGGCGACACCGACGUCUAG